CUUAGUUUAUACUGAAUUAAUACGACAUAAUAAUCAAUAAUUACUGUUAACCGCUGCUAACAGCUAACAGCUAACGGUACAGUAAAGGGCUUCGUUGUCACGCCCGUGGGGCCGUGUACUCUCCAGUGUGGCCUUCAUUCUUCUUCCCCUCUCUCCCACAGCUGUGCGGAAGUGACACAGCGGGCGCGCGCCGUGGUCACGUCACGCGAGAAAGCACAGAAGCAUAGCGAGAGAGAGAGAGAGCGAGAGAGGGGGAAAAUGUCAACAACAAGAACAAUACUUUCCUACAAAUAAAGCACCGCCUUGGGGCCGCGGACAUGUCCGACAUGUUGUUUAUACGACCGAGGACUCGCGUGGACUCGUGAAGGCUAUGAAUUUCUCUGAGCAUGGGGAAGUUUCAGAUGAAGCGAUGCUUGAGAAAGAACACAAGCAUGUCCGGGACAUUAAGGAGGAGACAGAGGACCGUGCUAUUUGCAAACAGCCCGAAGGACUUGGAGCUGGAUCUCAUGAGGCCUCAGAGGCUGGUAAACGGACAUCAGCAGAGAUGGACCCUGACACAAUCCAGUCCAACAGCAGCAAGAGAGCCAGAGUCUCUGGUGAGAUGAGGAGGCACUUGAUUGAUGUGAGCGGCAGACAUGAGCCUCUGUGCCUCACCACAACUGGAGAGAAGGACUGCAUUCAGGAGACAACCAGAGUUUCCUACAGAAAGCCUCUCUUCAGCAUCUCCCACAGGAUCUCAGAGAAGAGGAACACUCCGGGUCUGGAGCAGCAGGCCAGUCAUGGCGCCGGAAAUCAGCUCAACUUCAGCAGCAUCCUCUCAACCAAGCUCCAAAUUCCAGAGGAAAACGGCCAAGUGGAGAGCCCCCUCCCCAGCACAGACAGUUCAGGCCAAGCUUCAACAACAACAACAAACUCUAGCCUUUAUCCUCUGAUUGAGAAAAUGUUUUUCAUUCUCAAUACCCUUAAUUCAAGCAUGACACAGCUUCACAGCAAAGUUGACUUGUUGACCCUGGAAGUCAUGCGGAUCAAAAAGCAGGUCAAACCAGCUGAGAUGUCGACAGAGUUCGCGCCUCCGCCUGAAUAUCUACUCACAAGUGACGAAUUGAACCAGCUAAUGGAGCAGACGUCCUGUGCUGGGGAGCUUGGCUGUCGGCUGCUGGUGCAUCUCUUCCCGGAGCUGUUCAAAGCCAGAGAGUGCUCUCAUGAGUGCAUGGCGAGCAAGAGAACACUUGAGUCUUUACAUCUGCAGCUGAUUCGUAACUACGUCGAGGUUUGUUACCCUUCAGUUAAGAACAACAGUAUCUGGGAGGAAGAGUGUCUCCUCCAGAUCAAUGAUUUCUUUAAUCGUUUCUGGACGCAGAGGGACGUUGAUGGCGCUCGGCUGCUCAGGAAGCAGACCAUCACUGGUGCUGGGAUAAAAACGGAGCAUCCUCAAACAUAUCAUUUCAUUAACGAACAGGGUCAGGAAGAGCAUUUUGCUCUGGAUGAUCAGCAAGGCAGCCUGGCGGUCUCAGAUGCCUCCUUCAAAACGCAAGCCUCAGAGGAGCUUGACGAGUUCUCUUCCCCUGAGGACUUAAUUGUUUUUCUAAUGCAUCGUCUUUUCCCUGAGGUGUUUGAAGGGGGGAAGAUGCCUGAAGGCUGUAGCAGUUUCAGUAGAGUGGGGCAGCAAAUUCUGGACUCUGACAAGAUGGACGUAAUCCGAAAGUAUAUGGAGGCAAAUUUCCCUGAUGUGCCGGAGGACAGCUGGCUCCAGGUCUGCAUUCAGCUUAUGGAGGAUGCACUUGAGGGUCCGCACAGUAAUGGCAAUGGGAGUGAACCUGAUAAUAUGAACGACGAGGGCUAUGAACUGACCAGCCUUUCAGAAGAUGUUUCUAAUAUUAAAGUACCAGAAUUGGCAGAUUAUGAAAGACCCAGUCGCAAAGCCAAAAAGUCACUGCUCACACCCAUGGAUUUUGACAAUUUGGAUAUUCCUCUACCAGACUUUACCAUCCCCCAAGAGUACCUUUUGUCCAGGGAGCAGCUGAAGAAAAACUAUGAAUGUUCACUGUCCAUUGGAAACUUUGCCUCCCGGCUGCUGGUGCUCAUGUUUCCCGAGCUGUUUACCCAUGAGAACAUAAGAAAGCAGUACAACUGUAGUGGUUCACUUGGAAAAAAGCAGCUUGAUCCUGUUCGCGUAAACCUGAUCCGUCAUUAUGUGCAGGUAGUCUACCCGCAGGCCAAGAAUGACAGAGUGUGGAUGUUAGAAUUUGUGGGAAAACUUGAUGAGAGGUGUAGGAGACGUGACACAGAGCAGAGGAGAUCCUACCUGCAGCAACGCAAAGUGUAUGGUCCAGAGUCAGAGCAGGACUUUCUCUGCCAGCUCAACCAGCUCCAUCCAGAUAUCAGAGAGGAUCUCGAUAUCCCUUCUUUACCUCCUGAGAAAAGCAGCAAAGACUUCUGCAAAAUCCCCCUCGAUGAACUGACUGUAUCUAAACCUGACUUCCCUGUACCUUCUCUCUACCUGCUCUCAGACAUUGAGGUACGGGAAAUCGUACAGCAGAGUCUCUCUGUUGGGAACUUUGCUGCUCGCCUUCUCGUGCGCCUCUUCCCUGAACUCUUCACUCCGGAGAACCUGAGGCUGCAAUACAAUCAUUCCGGGGCCUGCAACAAGAAGCAGCUUGACCCUGUGCGCCUCAGAUUGAUCCGUCACUAUGUGGAAGCGGUGUAUCCUGUGGAUAAGAUGGAGGAGGUGUGGCACUAUGAAUGUGUGCCAAGCAUUGACGAACGCUGCCGGCGCCCCAAUCGCAAGAAGUGUGACAUUCUUAAGAAGGCCAAGAGGUCAAGCACUGUGUCCUAGUUACAGUUACUUUGCUGUUAUUUGUCAUAAAAUGAUUGCACAUUAUACAAGCUGAAACCACAUCGUUGAACUUUUACAAACUGUCCAUGUAGGAUGAAGCCAAGCUGUUUAUGAGUUUAUUCAGUCAUGUUCUUGGUCAUAUUUUACCUUUAGGCUACAGCAGUUGAUGUUGAAGUUAAAGUUAUUGUUUAGUUUUUUUGGAAGUUUGUUUGUAUGAGGUACUGACACACAGUCAACACUGAAAUCCACCAAUGCAUCACCAUGAGCCAGCCUGAGACACAGACGCUUGCACUCACUGAGAACAUGGCUGUUAGUGUGGACACAAGGUACAAAUAAUGCCGCUUUUUCACUAGCGAUAGCACCUGGUGCUUUCUUUAGUACUUGCUCUGGCUCUCCUAAAUAUUUUCAUAGACUCUUAAUUGAUUUAUUCUUUGAAGCAUGAAUAUUAAUCAAUUGCAAUGCCUUGACUUUAGUGAAGUAAUUACGCACAGUCCCAGCCAUAACAACAAAAUUAGAAAACAAUGCUACAGAAUUGACAUAAUCAUUUCUUUCAGUGUUUCGGUUUUCAGUUUCGGCCAACAAUUUUCAUUUCAAAAAGACUUAGAAAUCCCUAAAACAUGCUUUAAUCUCCAACAAAUAGGAAGGAAAUUUCUAAAAUCUCCAUAUAUAGCAGAAGAGUCCGGUGUAUUUAGCGACAGCACUGCCAAAAGCUGGUGAUUGUGAGCCGAAUCACAGCCCAUCCAUCCAUCCAUUCAUCUUUUAUCGUUUUAUCCUCCACAUGAGGGUCGCAGGGGGCGCUGGUGCCAAUCCCAGUUGACCCAGGUCGAAAGGCGAGGUACACCCCGGACAGGUCACCAGUCCAUCACAGGGACACAUAUAGAGCAAAACAAGCAUUCAAAUCACAACCCCUUCCGCUGUAUCCCAGUUCCGUGUCUGCGCUCUAGUCAUGCAGGAAGUACUGAACGAUUCUGUGAAUGAAUCUUUUUAAUGAACUGAUUCUAAUGAUUCAAUACACCAAAAAGAACUGCAUUGCCCAUCACUAGUUUCUGUGUUUGUGUUGGGUAUAAAAAAAAAAAGAGUAGAGCCGAGUAGUGCUAGAACUGUUUAAUGGAAAAGCGCCAUCAUUUACAAGACCCCAUCCAUCCUUCCAUCCGUCUUCUACCGCUUUAUCGUCCACAUGAGGGUCGCAGGUGGCGCUGUUGGGCAAAAAGCGGGGUACACCCUGGACAGAUCUUACAAAAGACUUGCCUAUUACUACUUCUACAGUGAAAAUAUGCUGAUUUUGCCUUUUGUAGCUGGAAACUGAAAUGUGUAAACCACUGACUCUUGCACCAAAGUCCAUAGAGAAAAGCUGCAUUUUUUGCUUUGAUCAUUUUGUGAGCUGCUGGUCAACUGUUGCCUCAUUUGUUAAGUUUGUGUCACGCAGGUGAAUCUUUUACCACCAAAGCCACAAACUACUUUGGUGAACUUACUGAUGGAGGUAGAUUUAGGUCAACAACUACUGUGUGCUGUGUUGUUAAAUCACUAAUGAGCCUUUUUUAAGUGGCUAACAUCAGUUUCCUCUUCAUGUCUGCAGUCAGGGUGUGUGUCCGUGUCUCAGGCUGAAUGUCCGUGUCUCAGGCUGGUUCCUGGCAAUGGAGACGCUUACAGUGAAGUCAGCACUGACUCUGUCAGUACGCUAUAAAACCACACUUCAAAAAACCUCAGCUAUCUAUUUUAAUGUAGUCUUAUUAAUGUUGGAUAAAGCGGGGGGGAAAAAAAACUGCUUCUAUUUAAAAGCCAAAACUGUCAUAGCUUAUCUAACAUUCUUUGUUCUUAAAUGUUGUAGCCUUAACAACAAUAACAAUGACAGUAGCUGAUAACAUCGAUCACACCUUUGCUCUAUGGCUAGAUAGAAUUCCUAAUGAUGUGAUGUAGAGAUGGGUGACAAAUUAAAGGAAAAACCCAAAUAAGUGUGAGCGGAGAAACACGAUGACUGUGAACAUGAUAUAGUUUGGCCUUUACAGUCACCAGACUUCAGUUGAACACAUACAGGAGAUGGUGAUAAUGUCCUGGUGGUUAUUCCUGUAAUUUGUUGCCUGUAUGUAUUGCCAUUACAGUUACUGAUGUAGCAUUGUGCCACCACAGUUUUAAUAACAAUGUGCUUAUGUUAAGCCUUCUUAUCAAAAUUUAUAUUAUAAAGACGAUUUAACAUGACUCAUGAAAACUUCUUUCUAAUAAAAUCUUAAUAUAAAUAUGA